CACAAGUCGAACUUUAUUAUCAAGCACUCGAUAGCAGCUGCAGGAACAACCACAGGUCCUCCAAGGAUACAGUAAACAGGAGGUGCAAAAUCAAAAAGCAUAUACAAUGCGGCUUCCCUUGGACCUGGAAACUUUUCACAGUUGACUCAAAGAUGAUCUUUUCUCCUUUUGGAUGAUAAGUUGAGGUUUCAGGACUUUUGUGGUGCUGGCGUAGAGAAUUGAAGCUGAUGACCUGACGGAGGACUUGGAAAUCUCUCAGCUUUUUUACACAUCCAGUGUCUGCACAUUGUCCACAAGUCCAGAACAAAACUCAGUGUGAGAGACUCAGCCGGACAGGAACAGACUCUGAUUUGUCACCAUUGCAGGCUGUGAGGACCGCGAGACAUAGGCUACUGACCCCACUGGUCUGGAGUGGUUCCACCAUGGGGAAGACUGGGCAGAGUACAGUGGAAUUAAACUCCCCAACAGAGGUCAAACAAGCAGUUCCCUUUGAGGAGCUAGACCACAUGGCGCCCCCUGCAGAUGAAAAGAAGGAAAAACAAGAGCCACCUGAAAGGGGAAGCUGGAAGGGAAAGUUUGAUUUCCUAUUGUCAUGUGUGGGAUACGCCAUUGGCCUAGGAAAUGUCUGGAGGUUCCCUUAUCUGUGUGGCAAGAAUGGUGGAGGGGCCUUUCUGAUCCCAUACUUUCUGACCCUGGUGUUUGCCGGGAUACCUCUGUUCUUCAUGGAGACGUCUCUGGGACAGUUCACCUCAGUGGGAGGGCUGGGGGUGUGGAAGCUAGUCCCUAUGAUGAAAGGUGUUGGUUUAGCUUCAGUGGUUCUGUCCUUCUGGCUCAACAUCUACUAUAUUAUCAUCAUUGCCUGGGCACUCUACUACUUAUUCAACUCCUUUGGUUCGGAACUGCCUUGGCAAAGUUGUGAUAACCCCUGGAACACAGAGAAAUGUUUUUGCAACUACAGUCUGACUGACACCACCAACCUGACCAGUGCUGUCACCGAGUUCUGGGAGCGUAAUAUGCACCAGCUGUCCAGUGGGCUGGAGGAGCCAGGAGAGGUGCGCUGGCCCUUAGUUGGAACUCUUGCACUGGCCUGGAUCCUUGUCUAUUUCUCAAUCUGGAAAGGAGUGGAGUGGACAGGAAAGGUGGUGUAUUUCUCAGCCACCUAUCCCUACAUCAUGCUGAUCAUCCUUUUCUUCCGUGGGGUCACUCUGCCUGGAGCCAUCGAUGGGAUCCGCUUCUACAUCACUCCAGACUUCAAUAAGCUCACCCGCUCUGAGGUGUGGCUGGACGCAGCCACUCAAAUCUUCUUUUCCUACGGACUGGGCCUGGGCUCGCUCAUCGCACUGGGGAGCUACAACUCUUUCAACAACGAUGUGUACAAGGACUCCAUCAUAGUGUGCUGUGUCAACUCCUGCACCAGCAUGUUUGCUGGCUUGGUCAUCUUCUCCAUUGUAGGCUUCAUGUCCCAUAUCACUAAGAAACCUGUCCAUGAAUUAGCAGCAUCAGGUCCGGGUCUGGCGUUUUUAGCUUAUCCUCAGGCCGUCACCCAGCUGCCCAUGUCCUCUCUGUGGGCCAUCCUCUUCUUCUCCAUGCUCAUGAUGCUGGGCCUGGACAGUCAGUUCUGCACAGUGGAAGGCUUCAUCACUGCUCUGAUGGAUGAAUAUCCCAUGGUGCUGAGGAAGAGGAAGAAGAUCUUCAUCCUCAUUGUGUGCUUCAUCUCCUUCAUCAUCGGCUUCUCCAACGUCACACAGGGUGGUCUGUACGUGUUCAAGCUGUUUGAUUACUACUCAGCCAGUGGGAUGUGUCUUCUAUUCCUCGUCUUCUUCGAAACCGUUUCCAUAUCCUGGUUUUAUGGAGCUGAAAGGUUUUAUAAGGACAUUGAGAGCAUGAUCGGCUAUAGGCCAUGUGGCUGGUGGAAGCUCUGUUGGAAGUUCUUCACUCCGCUGAUCUGCCUGGGGGUGUUUACCUUCAGUGCCAUUGAGAUGACCCCUCUGACCUUGGGGAAGUAUGUCUACCCGCUGUGGGGCCAAGUGGUUGGCUGGUUAAUGGCUUUGUCUUCCAUGAUACUGAUCCCAGCCUAUGUCGUCUACAUCUUCUGCAUCACCAAGGGCAGCAUCAAACAGCGUUGGUGGAAGAUGACAACUAGCCGGCAGGAUGAAAAGCCAUCGGGGCAUGAAGAAUUUACACACACAGGGAGAGUGGGCGAAGCUCCUGUCUAGCCAGGAUUGUUCAGGAGUUACUAAAGUCAAUAUUGAAUUGGACAGAUGGAGUCUUGUACAGCAUUUUACUAUGUUGUUUUCCUCCAUCUUAAUUUGUUUUUCGUAAAUUUAAAGAUGAGGAGGCACUUUUUAUAAAUUUAGAGGAUAGAAGAUUUCCUGUUGCAUUAAAAGAGUGAACUCAAAUUGAAUGUUAUAGAUCAGCGUUGAACCUGUGUACAUAUACCACAUAUAUACCAUUAAUGUAUGUCUGUAAAUCUUCCUCCUACUUGUACAUUUUCUCUACUACUCAACAAAACUUACUGUCUUUGUCUAUAAGCUUACCAUUACAUUGCAUUACAAAAUCUGGUAAAACUUGAUUUUAGGUGUACAACUGUAAUGCAUCAAAGAUUAUAUGCUUGUGGUAGCUUAAAGAACCAACCAACCAGCCACUGUGAUAUUUUUGUCCAGCAAUAAAUAUAUGGGCCAUGCA